AUGGCCUGGCUCGCGCUCGCGUCGCUGGCCGUCGCCGCGACGGCGCGGCAGCCGCGCAGCGCGCUGCGACCGACGGCGCGAUCGCUGCCGCGGCCGCUGCGGCGCGUGCCCCGCGGCGGCGACAAACUCGAUGACAUCAUCACGAUCGAGCCGCUGCCGCUGGCCGGCCAGGUCGCGCUCGUCACCGGCGGCGGCCGCGGCAUCGGCGCGGCCAUCGCGCGCGCGCUCGCGACGCGCGGCGCGGCCGUCGCGAUCGUCUACCGCGACGACGAGGCCGCGGCGGCGGCGACGGCGGCGGCGCUGCCCGGCGCGGGCCACGCGACCUACCGCUGCGACGUCGGCGACGGCGACGCCGUCGCGGCCACGAUCGCGGCCGUCGAGGCGGACCUCGGCGGCCUCGACGUCGUCGUGAACAACGCGGGCGUCUUCGUCGAGCACCCGAUUUUGGAGACGACGUACGCCGACUGGCGCGCGAAUUUCGAGGCGACGGCGCGCGUGAACCUGCACGGUCCCGCGAACGUCUGCUACUGCGCCGCGCGGUCCAUGGCCGCGCGCGGCGUCCGGGGCAAGAUCGUCAACGUAGGCUCGCGCGGCGCGCUCCGGGGCGAGCCGCGGUGCCCGGCCUACGGCGCGACGAAGGCCGCGCUCAACGCGCUGAGCCAGUCCCUCGCCGUCGCGCUCGCGCCCGCGGGCAUCGUCGUCGCCGUCGUCGCGCCGGGCUUCGUCGAGACGGACAUGGCCGCGGCGGUGCUCGCCGGCCCGGACGGCGACGGCAUCCGCGCGCAGAGCGGCUUCGGCCGCGUCGCCACGGUCGACGAGGUCGCCGAGGCCGUCGCCUUCUUCACCUCGCCGGGCGCGACCUGGUGCACCGGCGCCGUGCUCGACUGCAACGGCGCGAGCUACCUGCACUAA